GAAAGAUUGCUUGCAUGAGACACACACACGACUUGGAUCUUUGAAUUUUUUUUCCUCGGACUCCUCAAACUCUCCAACUAGCUUCCCACGCGGAGAUUUCAGCUCGUUUGUAUCUUCCAGAUCGAGACAAGGCCGAAACUGUUGUGAUCCACGCGGCAACUAGACUAGUAGGAAAGCAAGCACUCCGUUCAAUAAUGCUUACCGAAUCGAGCUGAAAAUUGAAGGCUGACUGCUUCAAAGCGCUGUCUCCUUCAUCUCUCUUCUUCCAAACAACUCGGCGUCUCGGCUCUCACUUUAGCAUUGGCACUCUAGCAUCGGGGCCGGCCCAGAGGCUUGCAUGGUAUCAUCAGACCAUUCGGAUAUUCCUAUUCUCAUUCAGGAACAUGGAUCUGUCUCCGUUAGCUACUAGUGAACCCGACCCAACGACAUGGUAGCCUGCUUGCUUGCUUGCCGCCAUGCUAGCUAGCACCAUGCUGCCAUGCCCAGCCCAUUCUUUGCCAUGCCCGAACGGGUGUGAUAAUGCCAAUAUUCGUGAGCAAGAAGAGAAGAGUGUGAGUAAGCAAGGCUCGUGUGUAUGUGAGUGGGCUCAUUCUGGACGUCUUCUCCAUCCCUAUACGAAUACACACACCAUCAAAGGUUCAAGUCAGACACACAUACUCAUCCACACACACAAGGAUAUACAAAGUUACGAACUUUGUUGUUGCUGUUGUGGUGGUUCUGUCUGUCCGACUAGUAUAUUGUGUCUCUCAUUCCCGCUUCCUUCUUCCAUGAAGUGAGACUCUCGCAAGCAUCACCGCCGUCCUUCCACUCGUUUUCUCUCUUACCUGUUGUGCUUUCCCUCCCUAGAGCACACAGUUGUUUAUCCCACGCACAUCCCCCCCAGUCCGACUGUCUUGUAGGACUGAGUCGUGGGUUACGGCUACACUGCUUAAACUUUGUGAACAACUUGUUUGUUUUUGCAUUGCACGUGCUGCAACAAGCAACAACCUCUGUCCGCAAUGUUCUCCUUCUCUAGGAGCGCAGCUUGGAGCUGCCUCUUGGUGGCCUUACACUUCACCCUCGCCUUGGCCGCCAAGUCGCUCACCAACACCAUCCUCAUCCUCGCCCGCGACACCUACUCGGGUACUUCCGCUGCCGAAGGCCUGCAGGGCUAUGGCAUCCCUUACCAGAUCGUGCUGGUGCCCCAGGCCGGCAUCACCCUCCCUGCCCUGGCCACCGGCACCGACCAGGGAAACUACGGCGGCAUCAUCGUCGUCAGCGAGCUCUCGUACCAGUACAGCGACGGCUGGCGCUCCGCCAUCACGGCCGCGCAAUGGGAGACCAUCUACACCUACCAGACCAACUUCGGUGUCCGCCUGGUCCGCCUUGACGUCUUCCCCAGCACGGACUUGGGCGUCGACCUGGCCGUUGCCGGUGCCGGCUGCUGCAACACGGGCGUCGAGCAGCUCAUCUCCUUCUCGGACGUCUCCGACUUCCCUACCGCCAACGUCAAGACCGGCGCCGGCGUGAGCACCCAGGGUCUGUGGCACUACCCGGCCAAGAUCGUCAACUCGACCAUCGCCAAGCCCAUUGCCACGUUUGCUCCUUCUUCCGAUGGCACCUUUUCCACCACCAGCGUCGCGGCCAUCAUCAACACGUUUGGCACUCGCCAGCAGAUGGUCUGGUUCACCUCGUGGGCCACCGACUGGGCCUUGGCCUCCAACUACCUCCAGCACGGCUUCAUCCACUGGAUGACCCGCGGUCUCUUCGUCGGCAAGCGCAAGAUCCACCUGUCCACCCAGGUCGACGACAUGGGCCUCGAGACCGAGAUCUACCACCCGGCCGGCAAGAACUUCCGCAUCCGCAUCUCGGAUCUCGAGACCCACGCCACCUGGCAAAGCAACAUCAACACCCGUCUGCCCGCCGGCUCCCACUACUUCGUCGAGAUGGGCCACAACGGCAACGGCGACUUUAUCGAGGGCCUACCCAAAGCCACCAGCGAGAACAUGUGCAACCCCUCCGAGGCCGUCGACUACGAGUCUCCCCCCGACACGCCUCUGGACUUUAAGAAGCCGCUCGGCACCGGUCUCACCCUCUGGAAAUCCACUUUCGUGAACUACACCUGGUCGCUGCAGUGCGCUCUGCUAGACGACAUCACGACGUGGUUCUUCAACCACAUCAACACCUUUGCGUCCGUGUCUCACACCUUCACGCACGAGGAGCUCAACAACGCCACCUACAGCGACGCCAACAAGGAGAUCUACUUCAACCAAGCCUGGCUCAACCAGAUCGGCUUCGGCGCCUCCUCCAUGUUUUCUCCCCUCGGUCUAAUCCCGCCCGCCAUCACGGGCUUGCUCAACGGCGACGCCAUCAAGGCCUUUUUGGAUAACGGCAUCCGCUACGUCGUCGGCGACAACACGCGCCCCAUCCUGCGGAACCCCGAGAACUCGUUCUGGCCGGCCAUUACUAACGUCGCGACUAACGGGUAUGAUGGCCUCGUCAUCAUCCCGCGCUGGGCUACGACCAUUUACUAUAACUGCGAUACGCAGGAAUGCACGUUGCAGGAGUGGAUCGAUACCUCGGCUGGCGCGGCGCCCUUUAGCAACCUGCUGGACGAUGCCCGCCGCGUGAAUGUUCGGUACUUGUUGGGUCUCCAUCCUGAUCCGUACAUGUUCCACCAGGCCAACUUGCGCAGUGGUGAUGUUGAUCAGAUCACUGUUGGGUCUGUGAGCGGCAAGCUCUCGCUGCUUCAGAUCUGGGUGGAGACCAUCACGCAGGAGAUGGUCCGUCUUACCAACUGGCCUAUUACUUCGCUGAAGCAUGAUGAUAUCGGUCGUCUGUUUGUUGAUCGCAUGACUCUUGACAAAUGCAACCCCAACAUGCAGUAUAACUACUCCGCUGAUGGCACCAAGAUCGUCAGCGUGACUGUUACUGCCACCAACAACCAGUGCUCUGUCCCUAUCCCCGUCACCGUGCCCGCUUCCGCGUCUGGAUCGGCUACUGUUGAUGCUCUAGGCAAUGAGCCCAAGAUUUACUGGACUACACUGUCCGGUUCGCCUGUCACUUUGACGCUUUCUUCGCAAAUCAGCAUCUAAGAAUGGAGUUAAAUGGUGGGGGAUUUCUCGGGAUACCUAGUGUCGUUUUUUAUGCAAUGAGUAAUAGUUUCAAAUGAACUUGAUGAAUGACUCUUAGAUGUGCAUUUGGGAUGUGAAGUAUCUGCUGCCAGCUUUUGUCAGUCCGCAUGUUGAAGUAGAUGGUUAUUUUCUGGCAAGUCCACCAAGUUUUAGCUCUGAACUGAAUUUUACAUACCUGCCUUACCUCUUGCCACCCACAUGACCACAUGACCACAUCACCAUCAUCCGUCAUCACUCAUCAGGCCAUUGAUCACUCACUUCCGCACCCUCCACCAACAGCCCCAUAUUCAACCUCACACUCCACCUCACAUACGGUGUCAUUUCCUUCUCCUUAUCCACAAACCCUCCCCCAGGCGCCGUGAUAUCCGACGCUGCCCCCUUCCCAAAGUGGUGACUGAACAACGGGGGCUGCACCGUCACACAAACUGGCGCUGUGUCUCUCCCCUGCUCGGCAAACAAACCAUCACACCACUCCCCCAAGACCAAGUCCCAACCCUUCGUCAACGCCUCCUUGACUCCAAACCGCCACAACAAUUUCCUCGCUCCUUGCUGGCUGACGGCGUAUGCUUGCGUGCAGAUGGCCCCGCUGGAAUGGUGCACGACGCGCGUGUGAGGCGGGUAGAGCUCGGCUAGUUGGUCUUGUAGAGCGAAUGGGUGCGCU